AUGGGUUCCAGCAGCUCGAAGACACUCGAUGAGGUCGAAGUAGAUGAAAUAGCGGCAGAGACUGGAUUUACACCACGACAGAUAUAUCGACUUUACAACCGUUUCGCAGCUUUGGAUAAGAACAAUGUCGGUAUCUUAAGGCGGCACGAUCUACUCCUAAUUCCAGAGUUGGCGAUCAAUCCUCUUGGUGAUCGCAUCGUCAAUGAAUUUUUCAAGGACUGCCACGAGGAGCUAAAUUUCCGGGAAUAUAUGCGAAAAUUGGCAAGAUUUCGCAAAGUGAAGGCCUCUCAAUCCACAAAAUUCAACAGCCGAGAUGCUAAAUUACGCUUCUUAUUUGGAAUGUAUGAUCUGGAUAUGGAUGACAGAAUUUCUCGGGGCGAAUUACUCGGCAUGCUGCAAAUGAUGGUCGGAGCCAAUAUCACAGUUGAACAGAUAAACAACAUCGGGGAUCGAACCUUGGCAGAAGCAGAUCUGGAUGGCGAUGGUUAUAUUUCCUAUGACGACUUUGUUAAGGCGUUCGACAACGUCGACAUCGAACAGAAAAUGUGCAUCCGAUUUUUGGAAUAG